AUGGGUCUGAGACCAGGAACGGAGUACGAUGUGGUCCUCAAAGUCUUUCAGUUCUACUAUGUGGUGUGUACGGAUACAGAUGAGGCACGAACAGUACCCGAUGCAUCGCAGAUAGUAGUCUGGCGGGCAAUCUCGAGUACUUCCAUCAUGGUACAAUGGACAAAAGUACCCUCGGCUGAGCACUAUCAGCUGAUGGUGAUCUCUCAAGGAACCGGACAAGUGUGGAACCAAACCUACACCAACCAAUCCGCUGUGGUGGGAAACCUGCAGCCCUCCACCAACUUUGACUGCUACAUCACCACAGUAAACAACGCCGGGAUGGGGAGCAAAAGCAAAGUUCGGACCAUCACGACCUUGGUGAAUCCUCCGCCGGGCGUCACAGCGUCACAGACCGGCCUUGGCACGGCGAGGGUAACAUGGCAGCCGGUAGAAGACGUUCUGCUGUACCGAGUUGCUCUCCAAGACAUUGAUGAACCCAACAGCCCGCCGUCUGUGUACAACGUCACAGACACCAAGCUCGAUGUUCAAGGCAUCCUCCCAUGCUCCACCUAUCUCAUAUCCGUGUCCUCUUUUAACAAGUUCCUGGUGCCGAGCGAGCCCACAGACUACACGUACACCACCAACAAGCUGACUCCAGUUUCGUCAGUGUCAGUGGACUACACCUGCACCAGUAACUCUGCAGAGGUGCACUGGACGACUGUGUUUGGCGCCGACUCCUACAAAGCGAUAGCAGUGGGCGAAAACGGCACCGAGCUGAUGUGCACCAGCCAGGGAACCAGCUGCCAGAUAAACGCACUGAGCUGUGGCCAGAGCUACGUGGUGCAUGUAACACCAACAUCAGAGAGCUGCACGAACAUGAUGAACACCACCACGGCCACUUUCCAGACAGUUCCUUGUCCUCCUAAGAACCUGGAUUUGGUUCGAGAUUGUGCCAGUGAAGUCAUCAUUUUUUCCUGGGAGCACACAAACAACACGGACCACUACAUGGCCAAGGCCGUGGACUCUCAGAACCUGCGGACCGCAGCAGACUGCAGUGCAGACGUUCUGCUCAGUGUGUGGGACCUGGCUGAGGGGGCGCUCCGCUACACUGUGGAGGCCUAUGGCAACAGGGGAACCAACAGCCAGUACAACUGCAGCUCUAUGUCCAACAGCUGCGCCAUACAAGGCUUACAUUGUGGAGAGUACCUGAGCGUCUACAUCACAGCUUUCGAUGACGAAUGUGCCAGCCCGAGGACGCUGGGGCCUGUGGCUGAGACAAUCCCCUGCGCUCCUCAGAAUGUAACAGCGGUGAAGGAGUGUGGAGCCGACGCCAUCACAGUGACCUGGAUUGGUAGCAGUGCGAUUUUCUACGUGGCCUCCGCCAAGGACAGCGACGGCAACAUUCACAGCUGCAACUCCUUUGACAUGAUGUGUAAGAUCGAAGGCCUGCAGUGCGGCACCAACUACACGGCUAACGUCAUCGCCACCAACUUAAUCUGCAACAGCACUGAGAGCGAGACGGUCGCCAUAGAGACAGCCGCUUGCCCACCGGAUCAGGUCACCGCCUCUCUGGACUGUGCAGCCAAUGAGGCUCUGGUAUCGUGGAACGGCCAGCCCAGAAUCAACUCCUACACCGCCACCAUCGUGGAUGAACAGCAACGACUUCUUAGCUGCAGCUCGACCAACACCAGCUGCAGGAUACCUGACCUAAAAUGUGGCCAGCUGUACACGGUCACUGUCGGCUACCACGACGGCAUAUGUCCCAGCAUGCCCUCUGAGGCCAUCUACAUGGAGUCUGUUCCUUGCGGACCCAGUGCGAAGGCCGACUUAGACUGUCGGUCAGGAGAACUGACCAUCGGCUGGAACGCGUCGAGUAAAGCAGAAGGCUAUAUGACUGAAAUCACAAGUAGUGUCAAGAAAAUGACCUACAACACCACAGAGCACGUGUUGAAGGUGGACACGCUGGAGUGUGGACUGGAUUACACGGUGAAAGUGAUGUCCUUUAACAGCACGUGUGUCAGCCAUCCCUCUGUACUUCCUGUCGGGAAAGCGCCUUGCCCUCCGUCUCAGCUCAAUGCAUCUGUGAACUGUGCCAAUGACUCUGCCGUGUUAACCUGGAGCAGCAGCCCCAAUGCAGUGUCCUACAUCGGGAAGGCGGUGAGCACAGCGGACACAACGUGA